CGCUCGGCGGCGAUCGCAGGAGCGGGGAAAUGCACGGGAGGUUCUAAUGCGUGUCAGUCACGCAGAACCACGCCUGCAACUCGUAUGUACCGCAAUAGCAUAAAAAGACUUAAAAAAUGCAUAGCUUUCUUUUUUUCAACUUCUGUAUUGUUUAAGAAGGGCAGCUGGUAGUAAAUGGCCGAUGAACUGCUACUCCAACCUUAUGGGAAAUGCUCAGGGCGUCUCACUUCGUCUUUGCUGGCAGUGGCAUUGCUCUCCUCCUUCGGCAGUUCCAUGCUCUUCGGCUACAAUCUGGCCGUCGUGAACUCGCCAGCCAAUUACAUUAAGGACUUCUACAAUCGCACCAUUGUGAGCCGAGGCGGCACAGGAGUGAGCGAGGAGACCCUCACGCUCAUGUACUCCAUCACCGUGUCUGUGUUUGCCAUCGGGGGUCUCCUGGGAUCUCUGCUGGUUGGCAUGCUGGUCUCCAAAUAUGGAAGGAAAGGGACUCUGGUGAACUCGACAGUGCUGGUCUUUCUUGGCGGAACGCUGAUGGGCUGUAGCAAGAUAUGUAGCUCACCAGAAAUGAUCAUCGUUGGCCGCUUCAUUACCGGAAUACACUCAGGAAUUUCUCUGAGUGUGGUGCCCAUGUUCCUGGGUGAGAUUGCCCCGAAGAACCUGCGUGGUUUCAUUGGACUCAUACCCAGCAUAUUCAUCUGUCUUGGGGUCUUCGUUGCGCAGAUCCUGGGACUCCACGAAAUGCUAGGGAAGGAGGAAGACUGGCCCCUGUUCAUGUCUCUGGUGGGCGUUCCCACCUUCAUUCAGCUGACGCUGCUGCCCUGGUUCCCAGAGAGCCCGCGGUACUUGCUGAUGGAGAGACGUGACAUCCAUGCCACUAUCGCAGCACUGAAGUGGUACCGCGCCGGGUGUAACAUCCAGUCGGAGAUCGAGGAGAUGCAGGAAGAGCAGCGAUCCCUUUCUUUGGUGGACGCGGUGUCCGUGAAGCAGCUGUUGCAGGAUGUCACUGUGCGCUGGCAGGUUGUGUCCGUCGUGGUCAUCAACAUCGGCAUGCAGCUGUCCGGCAUCGACGCGAUCUGGUUCUACACCAACGCCAUUUUUGAGAAUGCUGGAAUCCCCAUCGCUCAAAUCCAGUACACCACUGUCGCAACUGGAGCCAUUGAGGUCAUCGCAGGCCUUAUAGGGUGCUUCACCAUCGAGAGGGUGGGCCGGCGGCUGCUGAUGAUUGGCGGUUUUGGCUUCAUGGGCGUGUGCUGUGCCGGGAUCACGCUCUCCCUCCUUUUGCAGGUUCACGUGCCUUUCAUGCGGUACGUCAGCGUGGUCUGUGUGGUUGGCAUCAUCGCAGGCUUCUGCAUCGGUCCAGCCGGCGUGACCUUCCUGAUGACGGCCGAGCUCUUCAGGCAGUCCCACCGACCCGCCGCCUAUAUCGUGGGCGGCUCGCUCAACUGGGUAUCCAACUUCACGGUCGGCUUUGUCUUCCCCUUCCUGCAGAUGACUGUGGGCGCCUUCUGCUAUCUGCUCUUCUCUGGGAUCUGUGCACUGGUGGCCAUCUACGUGUUCCUCAUCAUCCCGGAGACCAGGAACAAGACCUUCGUGGAGAUCAGCCAGAUGUUUGCCGCCAGGAACGGCAUCAUGGACAGGCAACCCGUCGACGACACGGGCCAGCUGAAGAUGGUGGCUUUGAACGGCUAUGGCACGAUGGCGAGUCGAGGCAGAAUCCUAGGUGACUAGGGGGGGGGGGCAAAAAGAAGAGGAUGGAAGAUUGAGGUGGAGAUAGACUAUCAUGAAAGGCUGUAUAUGGACAGAAUGAAUCUGAAUGGUUUCAAGUCCAUCUGCAAUCAUCUGGUCACCUGCCUUUUUCCAGACUUGACUUUUCCAUCUCAGUGAUGGACAUUACCUUUGCAGAAACUGGAACGCUGUUUUCAAACAUCCCUGAACCAGGCUAGUUUGACCUCCAUGACGGUUUAUUCUGUAGAAUAACUGUAGUAUAAGCCAUGCAUUAUGGACCCAGGGCGUUUCUGGACUCACUAUUUCAAAUAUUAUGUGCUGUAAGAUCAUAUACUGCUGUUUGUAAGGGAGUCUUCCGUCUAAUACCAGUUUGAAUAUUCUAGAGUCCUACUACACGCCUUAACUAUAAUUAUAAUCAUUGUAGAAGGAAAUCCUAUAAUUCUGAAAAUAAUUUUGCAUUAAAUUUAGUAUGUUCAUCCA